GCUCUCUCAGUAACAGAAAGUGGCCGCCUCUCUGCUGUUGCUGCCGACUCAAAGCUCACAGACUCGCACGGCGUCUCAAACCGCCAUUUUGGAGUCAGAGAACCGAGAGUCGGCAGCAGCGACGAGAGAGACUGAAAGGCGGACACGGGGCCGAGGCUUUUCGUCUUUGAUCAUUAGUGUUGGAAUCAAAAACAAUGCCAUCCAUUACUGAGAAGAUGUAGGCAGUGAUUGAGAGAUCUUGAAACAGACUAGGAGGGUAUCUCCUAUUAUACCAGACUAGCUGAGAAAAUGAAGAUACAACCCAUAAAAGGUUCUGCCCGGCUGGGCAGAGGUGGUGUGUGCUGCAUGGCGUCAGGGCAGGGUGGCCAGCUGGACGUUGGGGUAUCAGGGGCCUCUGGCCUAGCCAAACCUCUCUACCUGCAGUGCUUAGAAAGAUCACUGAAGUUGGACAGUUUUCUGCAUCAGACUACUGCUAUCUUCAACAGAGACAUAACCAGUGAUGAUAGUGAUGACAGUGAGGGUGCGCUGGGGUCAGGGUUAUCCCUGGAUCCCACCACUCACGAUACAACUUUGACAGUGAAGAGCGAGUCGUGUGAGCAAGGAGAUGGGCUGGUAGAUAACAAGCCUCUUAAUGGAGUACUUCUGCAAGGUAAAGAGCAAAAGGCGAAUAAAACAAGCAUUUACAAUUUUUCUAAGCUGAAGAAGAACAGGAAAUGGCUGAAGAGUAUCUUGUUGAGUGACGACACCACAGACUCAGACACCGACUCAGAUGACGCUAACUUCAGCUUAUCUCGGGAAGAACUGCACGACAUGCUGAGGCUCCAUCGUUACACAAGGCAGCAUCAGAGCAACUUCUACUCCGACCGGGAGCUUCACCAAUAUCAGUACUACAGCACGGGUCUCUUAUCAACUCAUGACCCCUUCUAUGAACAACAACGUCACCUGCUGGGUCCAAAGAAAAAGAAAAUUAAAGAUGAAAAGAAAUUUAAGGCCAAACUGAAAAAAGUGAAGAAAAAGAAGAAACGGGGAGAGGGAGACUUUGUGGAUGAGGAGCGUCCUUAUGUCACGAAGGUCUUUGCUAAGUUUUCCCACGAUGCUCCGCUGCCCAUGGUGAAGAAAAAACAUCUCACCAUCGAGCAGCUGAAUGCUCGCCGACGCAAGGUCUGGCUCACUAUUGCCAAAAAGGAAAUCCCCAAGUCUUUCAAGCAGAAGACUUCUGCUAAAAACCUGGUGUUAACCAAUGCAAAAAAGCUGGCUCACCAGUGUAUGCGGGAGGUCCGGCGUGCAGCUAUUCAGGCCCAGAAGAACUGUAAAGAAACAUUACCCCGUGCCCGGCGGCUUACCAAGGAGAUGAUGCUUUACUGGAAAAAAUAUGAUAAGGUGGAGAAGGAGCACCGAAAGAGAGCUGAGAAGGAAGCCCUGGAGCAGCGUAAACUUGAUGAAGAAAUGAGAGAGGCCAAGCGCCAGCAGCGUAAACUGAAUUUCCUCAUUACCCAGACAGAGCUGUAUGCUCAUUUUAUGAGUGGUAAAGCUAGCAUGGGGGCUCCAGGUGGAGAUGCAGCACAGGAGGAGAUUCUGAGAAAGCUUGAAGACACUGCAGCCCAGAGACAGAUAGACAUUGGAGGAGGAGUAAUGGUUAACAUGGGACAGGAGGACUAUGAUAGUGAAUACUACAAAUCCCAGGCCUUGAGGAAUGCCCAAGAGGCCUACCAGAUUCAUCAGGAGAGAACGCGAAUGUUCGAUGAAGAGGCUAAAGACAGUCGCAGUGCAUCUCUACGUGCAGCUGGCAGCUUGUCCACAGGCUUCGGCUCUGGGUUUGGAGAAAGCUACAGCCUUUCAAACCCAUCGAUCCGUGCAGGUGAAGACAUUCCUCAGCCCACCAUCUUCAACGGAAAACUCAAAGGCUAUCAGCUCAAAGGCAUGAACUGGCUGGCUAACCUUUAUGAACAGGGAAUCAAUGGAAUCUUGGCAGAUGAAAUGGGACUGGGAAAGACUGUUCAGAGUAUCGCUUUGUUGGCACACUUAGCAGAGAGAGAUAACAUCUGGGGUCCAUUCCUGAUCAUCUCUCCAGCGUCUACGCUCAACAACUGGCAUCAGGAGUUCACCCGCUUUGUUCCCAAAUUCAAGGUGUUACCGUACUGGGGAAACCCUCACGAUCGCAAAGUGAUUCGGAAAUUUUGGAGCCAGAAAACCCUUUACACGCAAAAUGCACCGUUCCACGUGGUGAUCACGAGCUACCAGCUGGUGGUCCAAGAUGUCAAGUACUUCCAGAGGGUCAAGUGGCAGUACAUGGUUCUGGAUGAAGCCCAGGCACUGAAAAGCAGCACGAGUGUUCGGUGGAAAAUCCUGCUGCAGUUCCAGUGUCGGAACAGACUCCUGCUAACUGGGACACCCAUCCAGAACACAAUGGCUGAGCUGUGGGCCCUGCUGCACUUCAUCAUGCCCACGCUGUUCGAUUCCCAUGAAGAGUUUAACGAGUGGUUCUCCAAGGACAUAGAGAGCCACGCCGAAAACAAGUCUGCCAUAGAUGAGAACCAGCUGUCCAGAUUGCACAUGAUCCUCAAGCCUUUUAUGCUGCGCAGAAUCAAGAAGGAUGUGGAAAACGAACUCUCAGACAAGAUUGAGAUCCUGACCUACUGUCAGUUGACCUCCCGGCAGAGGUUGCUCUACCAGGCUCUGAGGAACAAGAUCUCUAUCGAGGAUCUGCUGCAGUCCUCGAUGGGCACGGCCCAGCAGGCUCACAGCACCACCUCCUCCCUCAUGAAUCUGGUCAUGCAGUUUAGGAAGGUCUGCAACCACCCUGACUUGUUUGAGCGUCAGGAGACCCGUUCUCCUUUUCACAUGUCUCUCAAGUCCUACGUCAUGUCCAAGUUCCUCCACCGUCAUGGUCUCAUUCACGCACACAAUCAGGCCAAGAAAAAAUUACUUCAAGUGCUGCUGUCUCCCUUCUCUCUGAACCACAUACAGCAGUCUCUUUUUCACAGAAAAGGUGAUGACAAAGGAAGCUGUUUCUCCUUCUUGCGUUUUAUUGACGUGUCACCAGCGGAGAUGUCCAAUCUUAUGCUCCAAGGCACCUUAGUAAGAUGGUUAGCCCUUUUUCUGUCCCUGAAAGCUGCAUACCGGCUCCAUCAUCAGCGCCUGUUUGACCUUGAAGAACAGGGCCAGGAGGAAGCCGGAGACGGGGAGGCUUGCAGAGGAAAGUUACAGCCGAGGAUUAAGUGUCUGUCUCGCAAGGACCUGAUUCUGUGGCUGAACAGACCCAUUUCCUUCCCCAACAUGCACACCAGUCCUGUUUUGCAGGAUUUGGUGUUCACAGCCUCUAGGCCCGGUGUGGUGGGACACACAGACGUCAAGAUCCAUUGCAGAAAAUCAGGCACCUAUACGCUCCGACCCUGCCAGCCCACACUGCCACCUAAGUUCCUGCUAGCCGCCACACCCAGGGUGACAGCAGUCCCCAUGGAGCGUUAUUGUGACGACCGCAGCGCUGAGUACGAGUGGCAGGUGACACGCAGCGGAGGGGGCACGGUCUUCAAACAGUGUUUUCUGUACGGCUCUCCUGAACUAGCCUCAGAAUGGUGUGUGAGGGCUAAUGCCUUCCACCCACAAUGCCCUGGGGGCGUGAUGGCCCUUUAUCCCCGCCAUGGAUGGUCCUUCAUACGGAUACCUGAUAAGGAAAGCCUGAUCACAGAAAGUGGGAAGCUCCACACCUUGGACAUCUUAUUGAGUCGACUAAAGGCUCAGGGACACAGAGUCCUCAUCUACUCUCAGAUGACUCGAAUGAUAGACCUGCUUGAGGAGUAUAUGGUUUAUCGCAAGCACACCUACAUGCGCCUUGAUGGAUCCUCUAAAAUUUCUGAGCGCAGAGACAUGGUGGCUGACUUCCAGAGCCGAACGGAUAUCUUUGUCUUUCUGCUGAGCACACGGGCCGGAGGUCUUGGCAUUAACCUGACUGCUGCUGACACUGUGAUCUUCUAUGACAGUGACUGGAACCCCACAGUGGACCAACAGGCCAUGGACAGGGCUCACAGGCUUGGUCAGACCAAGCAGGUCACCGUCUAUCGCCUCAUCUGUCAGGGAACCAUCGAAGAGAGGAUCCUGCAGCGGGCCAAAGAGAAGAGCGAGAUCCAAAGGGUGGUGAUCUCUGGAGGCAACUUCAAACCAGACACGCUCAAACCCAAAGAGGUGGUCAGCCUGCUUUUGGAUGACGAUGAGCUGGAGAAGAAAUUGCGUCAAAGGCAAGAGGAGAAGAGGCAGCAGGAGGAGAGCAGCAAGGUGAAGGAGCGCAAGAGGAAGAGGGAGAAGUAUGCUGAGAAGAAGAAGAACGAGGAGCUGGAGAACAAGAGGAAAAAGGAAGUGAACCUGGUCAUUUCCCACGCACCCUCAGCAGACAACUCUAACCUGUCAGCAGACGGAGACGACUCGUUCAUCAGCGUUGAGAUGGACUCAGCCAUGCCCAGUCCUUUCAGUGAGAUCUCCUUAAGCAGCGAGCUCCAGCCCGGCUCAUUACCUCCUGAUGCCGACGCGGAUGAGAGCAGCAGCGACAUGCUGGUCAUCGUGGAUGAUCCACUUUCUUCUGCGCCUCAGUCUCGUGCCACCAACUCGCCCGCCUCCGUGUCUGGAUCAGUCUCUGACAACAUGAAUGGUGUUUCAGCCUCGGACACAAUCAGUCCAGGCAGAGGCAGGUCCGGGCGGAGUCGCGGGCGGCCCAAAGGAUCUGGAGGCGGGGCCAAGUCUGGAGGGAAAGGACGUGGGCGUAAGUCAACAGCAGGUAGUGCGGCAGCUAUGGCGGGAGCGAUGGCAGGCGCGGCAGCUGCUUCAGCUGCAGCUUACGCUGCUUACGGCUACAGCGUUUCUAAAGCGGGCCUUUCUGCAUCCAGCCCUCUGCAGACUUCCCUGGGCCGGUCUGGUACCAGUCCUGCCUUCAGCCUCAGCAGAAGCUCCUCCCCCCAGACCAAAGGAGGCACAUCCACCCCGAGUCCCCACAAACAGCUGGCCCACAGCCACCACCACAGCAGCCACGGAGGAGUCAGGAAAGGCAAGGGUCCCGGUGGUCCUGGAGCUCGAUGAUACACACUGUAUGCACAUGAAUAUCCCCUCACAGACACACAGAUUACUGACCUGCUCUUCACUGUGAUUCCCACAGAUGCCCUCUGCCUAAACUAAUAAAUAGAGAGUACAGUAUUUAUAGUAACUGAGGCUCACUACCUGGAGGACCACGCUCUCCCUGCUGGCUCAGCAACUAAACAGGAACUAGAUUAACCACAGUAAUUUGAAGGUACAGCCUCUACCAGCCGCUGCAUUCGUUCAUUUAUAUUCAUUUAGUUUAAUUUAAUUUUUUUUUUUUUUUUGUCCAGGCCAGUGGACAAAAAUCUGCCUCGAGUGUUUUUGCAUUUGCGUUAUGACAGAAGUAUUUCCAAGUGCUUUUUGAGAAGACAAGCUGUACUCUACUAUUGAUGACAGGAAUCCCUUUUGAUUUUCUGCGUGGCAAAGCAAAGACGGGUAGCAGCACGUGUAGCUCAAAGGGCUUUUCAGAUCCUUGUGUUUGCCUGGGUAGUGAGAGAAAGGAGUUCCUAUCAAAUGCACUGAGCCAUGUCUUCCUUCAUUUUAUUUUGUUUUAAAUUUUAAUUUAAUUGUUUUUCUUUUUGGUGUUAUUGAUUCUCCUGGAUGUACAUUAGGUUAUUUAAUUGUUCUGUUGAUAUGUUCGGCACAAACUGGUGGAUUAGUCUGCAUUUUACAGUUUAAUGUGAACCCACACCUUACCAAACAGCUUUUGUACUAAAGCUCAUAUUUUUGUAAUGAAAGAUGUAUUGAAAUCAACGGGCAGGUGUUAGAAUUUUGACAAAAUUUUGUCCAUAAAAUGCGUUCCAGCACAGGUGGAAAUCUGAUAUUUUUUUUGUCCAAUAGAGAAAAUAAUGUAAAAGACAAAACCACAAUCUUCUAAGAUGAGGGGUACAGGUCGAUACAGCACUGCUGCUAAUGUUGAACUUAUUAAUUGACUCACAUUAUUUUGGUUUUCUUAUGUUAUUUAAGUUAAAACGGGCAAUUCGCGAAAAAAUUGCAAAAAUCUUCACCUGUAAAAGUGUAAAUUGUGAAUUCUGAAGCCAUUUUUUUUUAUUUUUCAGGAAUUGUUUUCUGUGAUGAGAAAUCUGUGGUUCUCUUUGAUGUCGUUGAUGUUUUAGGAAAAAAAAAAAAGUUUGCAUCGCUGUCCUGAGUUGAGCACUACAUCUGUUCUAAUGGGUUUGGUUUUGUGUUUAUAGCGUGAUUUAAGAUACAAUGUGCUAUAUCGAUUGUACAUAAUGAUGAGAGCAACAUCUCCUCUGGCUUUUUCCCCUCGAUUACUGGACUAUUUUUAUAAGUCACGUGUACAUAUGAAGAAAUGCAUCUGUCAUUUUACUAACAGGAGUCAACUGAAAAUAAAAC